AUGUUGCGCCGCACGCUGACCCUGCUCAAGCAGGCCUCUGGCGUCGCCUCGUCGUCGUCCUCGACCUCGACCACGCGCGCCCUCAGCACCGCCUCUGUCCCCAAGGUGUCUCCACCGUCGUCGACGUACAACGAGAUGCUGAGCACAUUGACGUCGCACAUCUCGCCCGACUCGCUCCCGUCUCUCGUGGCACGGCAGAAGGCGCCGCACAAGAACCUGUACCAGCACCUCUCGACGCUACCCAACAACGGAGUCGGCUUCCGCGUCCGGCAGCGAAGGUGGAUGGCCAAGGGCCUCGACAUCCCCGCAAAGCAGGACCUGCGGGAACACUGGCUCGCCGAGACGCAGCAGGGAAAGGCGAUCCAGGAGGCCCUGCCGAAAAAGGUGCCCGUCGGCACGCAAAAGGAGAGCGGACACCUCUGCUACUGGCAGGUCACGGGGGUCAGGUUGAAGGACGGAGGCCGCCAGGGAAAGGCGUGGGGGAGGCUCUACUGGAGAGGCAAGCUGGUGACAAAGGGACGCCCCCAGGAGAUCCGCGGCGGGCUCAAGUACUGCUGGGACUCGGCGUGCUAG